AAAAAAAUCGAAGGAAAAUUUAUGUUUUCAAUCAUUUCGGCUCGCUCCCGUUGUCUGCGUCGCUUGUUUUUUUCGGGAAAAUAAUAGGAAAUAAUCACCCGCAGACAGAAUGGGCAAGCGUCCGAUGUCGCGGAAGGAAAUCGAAGAGCAAAAGAAGCGGGAGGACGAGGCGGCAGCAGCCCACGCUUUCAAAGAGUUUGUGGAAACAUUUCAAGAAGCGCCAUCCAAAAUAUCGAAGGUAUGGGUAAAGGCCGGAACGUACGAUGCGGGCUCGAGAAAGGAAGACACGAAGGACAGGGGCAAGCUUUACAAGCCCCAGUCCCGUCUCGACAUGGAUCACGAGAAAUCGAUGGACUACGUAAAGAUGGUUGCCAGCGAGAGCCGCAAAGAUUCGUCGGCGAUGGGCAAGAAGCGAAACCAGGAAAAGAAAAAGAGCAAUCUGGAGAUGUUUAAGGAAGAGCUGCGCCAGAUCCAAGAAGAGCGCGAGGAACGCCACAAAUACAAGCAUAUGGCCCGGACGAUGCUCCCUGGCACGAGCUCCACUGAAUCGGAUCCCGUGUACAAGGAGACCGAAUCCGGCUCGUUCGAUAACGGUGAUCCAAACACGACGAACCUGUACCUGGGCAACCUUAAUCCCAAGAUCUCGGAACAAGCGCUGAUGGAACUGUUUGGCAAGUAUGGACCGCUGGCGAGCAUAAAGAUUAUGUGGCCCCGCUCGGAGGAAGAGAAAAUGCGCAACCGAAACUGUGGGUUCGUGGCGUACAUGAGCCGGCGCGAUGCGGAACGCGCUCUGCGUGCGCUGAAUGGGCGCGACGUGAUGGGGUACGAGAUGAAGCUCGGUUGGGGCAAAUCGGUCCCGAUCAUGACGCACCCGAUCUACGUACCACCGAAGCUGCUGGCGUACACACUGCCGCCGCCGCCGUCCGGGUUGCCGUUCAAUGCGCAGCCACAUCCGUCGGAUUUGGACAAUAUUCCCAAGAUGACGUCCGGCGCCUACAUGGCGGAGCCGGAGCUGAAGGAACAGAUGGACGCGGUGCUGUUUAAGUCGGUGGUGAAGGUGGUUAUACCGACCGAGCGGCCGUUGCUGAUGCUAAUCCAUCGCAUGGUAGAGUUUGUCAUCCGCGAAGGUCCCAUGUUCGAAGCACUGAUCAUGACGAAGGAGAUGGAUAAUCCGAUGUACAAGUUUCUCUUCGAGAACGAAAGCCCGGCACAUAUUUACUAUCGCUGGAAGCUGUUUUCGCUGCUGCAGGGCGACACGCCGGGAGACUGGAGGACGAAAGAGUUCCGCAUGUUCAAGAGUGGCUCCAUAUGGAAGCCUCCGCCGAUCAACUUCUACACCCAGGGCAUGCCGGACGAGCUGCUUGCGGACGAGGAGGGCAUUGAAGCUAACAAAGGGAAUCUUUCCGUGGCACAACGCGACCGGCUGGAGGAUCUGAUACGACAUCUGACGCCGGAGCGGCAAAAGAUUGGCGACGCGAUGAUCUUCUGCAUCGAGCACGCGGACGCGGCGGAGGAAAUCUGCGAAUGCAUCACCGAGUCGCUGUCGUCGAACGAAACGGUGGUGAAGAAAAAGGUCGCCCGCAUCUAUCUGAUCUCGGACAUACUGCACAACUCGGCGGUGAAGGUGCAGAACGCGAGCUUUUUCCGCAAGGCGAUGGAGAAAAACCUGCUCGACAUCUUUCGCAACCUGAACGCGUACUACAUGCAGCUGGACAGCCGGCUGAAGGCGGAGGGGUUCAAGAGCCGCGUGAUGGGCGUGUUUCGGGCGUGGGAAGAGUGGGCGAUCUAUCCGCGCGACUUUCUCGUGAAGCUGCAGCACACCUUUUUGGGCAUACAGAUGACGGAAAAGCAACCGGAAGAGGAGCCGGAAGAGGAGAAGGAGGACGAAGAUCUGGACGGAGUGCCGCUGGACGGUGCGGCACUGCUGAAAAGUGCAAUGAUGUGCGGAAUGACGAGUGGUGGAGGAGGAGGAGGAGGGGCGGGCGAGAACCGGACACCGCUGCUAAAGCACGACAUCUACAGCGAUGAGGACGAUAUCGAUGGGAUGCCGUUGGCGGACGAUGAUAUUGAUGGGAUGCCGUUGGAAGCGGCCCACGAAGCGGGGGGAGGUAGCGGCAUGUUGGACGGAGGGCGACGUAUGGGCGGUGCGUCCCUUUCCGGCAGUGAGGGAGGAGGACGAACCGGUGGAAGUUCGUCCCGAGGUAAAUCGGCUGGCGGUUCUUUUAUUCCCUCGAAAUGGGAAUCGGUCGAUGCGGCACAGAUCGAAGCACAAGCCAUCACGACCAGCAAAUGGGACACGCUGGAUCCAGUCGUACCGGAGCCGCCGAAAAUCAGCCUCAAAAACGAGGGCGUAGGGCUGAUCAGUAGCAAAUAUGGCAACUACACGGACGAGGAGGACGAUGACGACGAUGAGGAUGAGGAUGGACAGCGUCCGGAGGACGAUGGAGUCGGGCGUGCGGCAUCGGACCAGGACGAACUGCGACGGGUACGGUUGCGUGAGAUUGAGGUGAAAAUUGUGCAGUACCAGGAUGAGUUCGAGUCCGGUACGCGGCAGGUGCGCACCGGCUGGACGCUACACGAGGAGAUCGACAGUUACCGCAUGAAGCUGCUGAAGGAGAUGGAACAAGAGCUGCGCCAGAAGGGACGCGAGGAACCGAGCUGGGUUGCCUCGGACGAGGACAGUCGUGGUGGCCGCAGGGCCAUGAAGCGUACCGGCAGUGCGGAAAGCUCCCGCAAGCACAAGCGCAGCCGCCAGUCCGCUCGCUCACCGGCCGGCAGCGGGUAUGGCGAUCGUUCGCCGGGGUCUAAAUCAUCCCGGCGGCGUCAUUCGAGCAGCUCCUCGGACGAGGACGAGCUGGCCAAUCGUACCGAGUCGCGCUAUCGCUACUCGUCCGAACGUUCGGUUUCACCCGCCGGACCGGCAGCGUCCGGAUCGUCGCGCACCACCAGCAAGUACGAUCUGCUCGGUUCGCCCACCCGGCACGGUGGUUCGGCGAGCGAGUCCAACUACGACAAGUACGAGCAACAGCGGCGCGACGCCCGCGACAGCCGGGAAAGCCGGCGAGAGAAGAAGGAUGCGCCACGGGAACGGAUGCAGCUGUCGCACGAGCGCGACCAACGGGACCAUCACCGUGAGCAUCGGGACCGGGUGCGCGACAGUGACUCAGCUCGCAGCUCGCAUGGACGCGACCGGGAGCGGGAUCGGGAACGGGAGCGCGAUCGAAGCACCCGGGAACGCGAGCGGGAUCGUGACGUGGACGGCGGCGAUGGUGGCUCCUCCUCGUCACGCUAUCGUGAGCGUGAGCGAGCGAAGGAAGGGUACGGGGGCAGCGGAAGCAGCCGGAAGGAUUCCUCCACCAGUUCCAAGUAUGACGACAGGGCGCACACGAAACGGUACAGGUAAACGGGAUGUGUGAGAAGGAAACCGUUCAAUGUAGGGUGCAUUAGGUGUCCUUUGCUUCCGUGGUGAUGAAGCAGCAGCAGCAAGUAGCAGCAAACUUUUAACGUCUCAAAGUCAUUCGUGUAUGAAUGUGUAUCGCAAAGUAGGGCUUAAUUUUUCCUCCCUGUGAGCAACAAAUAAAGAUUUAAAACGUGUAAUGUAGCUCAGUCUCGAGCGAAUGAUAGAAAUAAAUGCAAUAAUUACCAUGUGA